CCACCAUGCCUCGUUCGUCUAAGAGACAGACAAGGCUGACCUUCGACCCUCUGCCGACUUCAUCGCCUGCACCUUCUGACAUCAGCAGCUCUGUGCGUGACCGUGCUGCGACAGUUCGAUUCGAAGGAGCUAGUCCAGCAAAGAGUCGCAAGGUCCGUGAUGCGCCGGGCACCUUGUCGCUGAUCUCUGCGCCUGCCUCUGGAAUACCCAAAAAAAGCCUGCCUCCUACACCAGACCCGACGGGACCCACCACAUCUUUCGGUGCAUCAGCCGUCAGUGAGGACGACGAGGACGUCCGUCCAACACCCAGGUUAUCUAGCCGCAAAAACCUGAAGAAGCAGCAAAAGCUCGAUCUCACGCCAUCUAGUCCUCGAGCUAUCAACCAUUCGCGCCCUGUCAGAGCCGGUUUCUUCGGUACUCAGCAACAACUGGAUGCUGGUUCAAGCGACGAAUCCGGCGAGCAAGCUAUGACACUACCAGUCAAGAGCCACAAAAAGAAGAGCAAGCGCCAGGAGAAGAAACAGAAGUCUCCAUCGCCAGACAUGGAGGUUGAGAUCGUACAGGAAUCAGCGCCCGUCAUCCCCGGCGAUGAUGACGACAGCGAAGAUGAUCUACCGGCCACACCAGCAAUCAAUCGCAAACGAAAGCGUCAAGCUCAUAGCUCCUCACCGCUGUCACUCAUUCCCGAAGAUGAAGACGACGACAGUGACGUUGUCAUUACUGGUUCUCGAAAGCGUUCACUAUCGACCAAGAAGCGCGCCCUUUCACCAGCAUCUGGAUCCGACCCCGAAGAACUCUCGGAUGAACCACCAUCUUCGAGAUCUCGCAAGAGACUACGUCGAGGUAAGGACCCAGUACCCAUGAGCACUAUUACCGAAGAAGAGAAACAAGAGCUGGAGGAUGACCUCGUGGACCUGGCAUCAAGCGGUAGUGACGGUGAAGUCCGACUGUCCAAGAGGAACAAGUCAUCACAAAAGAGUGCUCGUCAGCUUGCGCUGGAGCGUCUCAAAGCCAGAAGAGGCGCACCCAUGAGCAGUCUCGUUGAGGAUGAGCAAGAUGAUGAGGAAGAGGAAGAAGAGCAACCAGACGACGAAGCAGACUACGAUCAGAGCUCCGCAGAAGAUGAAGAUGAAGAUUACGACCUACCGGGACCAUCGACACACAAGACUACCCGUAAGCAAAUGUUCGCUGAGGACGAGGAGGACGAAGGAUUUGUCAUCGAAGACGACGACGGCCCUCUUGGUGUCCCUACGAAUGAUGUCCCGAUUGCCUUCACUCGUUAUGCCUCGAUGAAAGCCAAGGAUUUGUUCCGUUUUGCCAUUGACUGGAUGGUCCAGAAAAAGAUCAAUCCUGCUUUCCAAAUGGACGACGAGAUCUACGAUCUUACGUUCAAAAAGCUCGACGAUGAGGUUAAGGGACUGGCAGGUUCCAAGUUCCAGUCAGCAGCCUGGACCGCACAAUUCACACUGGCACUCCAAGCAAGACCCGACCUCCUCUCUGCCCGCCUCGAUCGUAAAUCCUCAGACCAUUUCGGACGGGACAAGUGCGAUGCCUGCAACAGAUCAGGGCAUCCAGCCACAUACGAGCUCAAGUUUGAGGGCAAGCCAUACGACAAGAACUCUUUGGAGCCUGUCGCACCGCGCAAAGAGGCCAACGAGGACGAUGAUGAAGACUCCGACUCUGACGAGAGCAGCGUGGACGAAAACGCAGCAGUCAACUACGACUCUCAAGGCCGUCAAAUUCUCCCCGAGGAAACUGUCUUUUACCUCGGCAAAUUCUGCAUGAGCAAUGCAGAGACAGCUCAUUCUUUGCAACAUUGGCGCUACCACCUCUAUGAAUGGGUCGUUGAGUACCUUGAGUCUGCCGGCUGGAACACGCCCAAGCUUAUCGUUAAGCGCGAUAAGUGGAGUGUGCGCAAGCGAAGAAAGCAUGCCAACAAGAUCGUGGAUCUUAUGGAGGAGGAGGGCAAGAUCAAGGCAUUGUACUCUGACUUCAAAAAGGAGAUUGAUACUGCCAGAAAUGCUAAGCAGGGUCGCUGGGAUAGUUCUCCUUAA